GAGGAUUCGGUUGUAAAAAGCGGUUAGCUCCUCCACGGGUCUUAUUUAGAAGGGAUACACAAUAUAUUCUUUCAGUUGAAUUAAAUGAUAUAUCUUCGGUGUGGUAUACGGUUCGAAUAGAAGAAUGUGAUUAUUCAAUCGGGGGUACGGUGUGGUACAAUAAAGUGUUUUUUGAUUUUGCAUGGUCGAUUAAACAAUAAUUUUGCUGUAAUAACAUUCGGCGCUUGUAACGACUUUUCAAUAGACUUUCACUAAGUGAAACAUGCAAAUUUCGGAUAAUGUGAUUCCAAAAAUAUUGUGCUAAUGGUAACGGUAGUUAAAUGUUUUUUCGGUUCUGCGGUUUGAUUCAGGAUUGUGGUCAUAAACAGGAACUCAAUGUAUACGCGAAAUAACGGUAGAAGAAUGUGUGCACAGUAGAACGGAAAGGAUUUUUGGUGAUUAAAUUUUGCUGGAUGGUGAGCUCGAAUUCGAAUAUCACGAACGAAUAAGAUUUUGUGAUUAUCCUCCCGACUGGUCUGGAUUACACUAAAAAUAAUUAAGUGAUUUGAAUAAUUCCAUAAAUUACAUUAUUAAUGCCUUUGAAAUGGCAUUUAUAGGUUUUUGUGUUUCAUAUUAACGUUAAAUUGUUCAAUUAUAAUGACAAUGUAAAUAAAAAUAAAAAAAAUUAAAUUUCGGACAUGUUUUCAUUUUGGUGAAGUGAAGUUAAAUAUUGAACUGAUCUGUAAUCUGAAAAUGUUUUUCAAUUUAUGGCUAUAGAUUUAAACGUACAUUUGGAAACAAGUGACAAUGAAUAUUAUAAUUAUUUUGUGUUUAAUGGAUUUUUUCCUAUUGAAAGAAGCCAUCAGCGUACGACUUGUGAAAGUUGUGGUGCCCGCGUACGAACUACAUGGCAAUUUUGCAAUGCUUGAAUGCCAAUAUGAGUUAAAUAACAGCGACAAUAGACACAGCAAAUCUUCCAAAUAUCAUUUUCCGUAUGACAGCAAUGAACAAAGUGACGAGGGCGAGACACUUUAUUCAGUCAAAUGGUACAAAGAUAAUGAAGAAUUCUACAGAUACGUACCGAAAGCUAAUCCACCACAACAUAGUUAUAGAGUAGAUGGCAUCAAAGUUGAUCACGAAGCAUCAAAUAACGUUAAGGUUAAGCUGAAACGAGUAACACUUAAAUCAAGUGGAUUGUAUAGAUGUGAGGUAUCUGCAGAAGCACCGAAUUUCUCGUCUGCGGAAGGUGAAGGAAGGAUGGAAGUAAUAUACUUACCUAAGGAUGGUCCCGAGAUUACAGGCGAAGAAAUUCAAUAUCAAAUUGGAGAUGUUUUGAAUCUAAAUUGCACAUCUGGCAAGGCCCAUCCUGCACCACUAGUAGAGUGGUUAAUAAACGAUGAUGCGGUGACAGAGGACUUGUUAGUCCAUUAUCCGGUGAUAACUCAUCAGCAUGGCUUGUUGACGAAAAUACUUGGCCUCCAAUUGGUAGUAGACGGACGUCAUUUUAAAAAUGGUGAAAUGCGCAUUAAAUGCGUUGCAAGCGUAUCGCCGGUGCUAUGGCAAAACGGAAAGGAAAGUAUAGUUCAGAGGCGACCGCAAACUUUGGAAAACAGACAGGCUGAAUUAUUGGUGAGAAGUUCAUCAUGCAGACUUUUCAGCAAUAGUUUGAUUACAUCAUUAAUCAUCAUUAAUGUUAUAGUCAUUUUUAUGUGAAAGGAAUAUUUAUCAUAAAACAAAAACUUAUUUUGUAGUGUGACUGUAAGUAUGUAAAUAUUUAUUAUUUUUAUUUACUCGUAGCAUAAAUAUUUAUAAGGAAAAAGUUAGUUUUAAGAUUUUAAAUAAACGUAUAACAAAAAGAAGAAGAAGAAAUACAACAAUCAUUUUUAUUCGAAGUUAUAAAUGUAGGAAAAGGUAAAACUGUAUGAUGGUUGGUUUAUAUUCUUUUCGUUUUUUUAUUUUUAUUUCGAAAAGUUUUCAUAUUUUCUUUUUGUUUUUUUCUACUUCUUUCUUUAAACUUUUUUCUUGUCUAGAACUUCUUCAAUAAAUCACUGGUCAUGCAGCUAAUCUCUAAGUGAGUGAAUGUACGUUUUUAUUUUACGUUCGUUGAUAAUUUUGUAGUUCUAAAAGUUAAGUACAUAAAUGACAGCUGCAUAGGUGCUAAAUUAGGGACACAUUUUAUCGACGACGAUGAUGAUGAUGUAGUUGGGGGCGAAGAAAAUUGGAUUCGGGUAAAAGAAUUUUUUCUGGGUAACAAAUUGGGAAAAUGUAAAUUAAAUACGAUACGAAGUUUACGGUUGGCAUGACUUUAUUGGUCUCGAAAUCUUAACACACAGUUCAAGAAAGCUUUGAAUGUCAAGUGUUGUAGGGGUGUGGGUAUAUGCAUUCAAUACUGAAUAUUAUUUGUUUUAUUAUUUGGUCUCAGAAGUUACCUUUAGGUAUUCACAGUCAGUAGAACAUUACAUCAAAUCAAAAUGCUUAAGUAACUUGACGGCCGGUUGCCUUCUCGGAUUCUAAAAUUUUGAACUAAGAGGUUGGUAUCAAAAAACUGAGUUCCAGUACCUAACAACGUAUCUGACAGUAUUUUUCAACUUGACAACCAUGAAUUAGUAGAAUUUUGUGGAGACAGCUCAUUGGAAUGGGCUGGUGUCAAGUUAUAAACUGAGAAGUGGUCAUCCUGUUUCCACAUUGAAAAUGUUCCUCUGUUUUCACAAAUUCCGAACUUUUUGAAUUUUUUCCAUUUCUCCAUCAAUUUUGUUAAAUU